AUGGAAAUGGAACUAUACAAACAUGGAAUUACCCAGAUGGUGGAAGAGCUGGCAAAUGUACGUACAUCAUCAGAGCGGACCAGAGUCAUGCAAUCAGGCUUAGGAGCUACAACUUCACAAUGUUUCUACAAUCGCGACUCAUUGGCAACUGCUACGGAUUACGAAGAUAAGCAAAUCAAUCAACGUUAUAUCUGCGCUCGGUAUCCUUUCGUAGAGGAAGGCGAGUUUAUAAUGAGUGCCUCAAGACCGCUGAUUAUCACCUAUGCAAGCAGUGGAGAAGAGAAGAAUCGUGGCUUAUUGAUGGAGUACACGACUGUGGAUGUUGGU